UGUUGGCACUGAGGGUGUGGCCUGGAGGGAAACUACGCUGCACGGCUUGAGGGCGUGGCUCACGGGGUGACAGUGCGUCUUGAGGGGAGAGGCCUGUAGUAGAGGAGUGACCUGCCAGGACUAGGGGCGGGCCCUGGGAAAAAAAGGCGCAGGGCAGUCUGGGAACGUGGCUCGCUGAGGCAACGGGCGGGGCUGCAUCCCUUGCAAAGGCCUGCUUGCACCAGGAAUGAAUUUCAUGCGGGCCAACUGGUUAGCUUCCGGAGCAGAAAGCAGGGCUCUGCUUUCACACUGGGUGUGUGUGCGCAGGUGUGCUGAUCCUGCCUCGCACAGCACAGAAGUACUCAGUAGCCUGGGGGCCUCUUUUGGAGGAGGCAUGGGCAGCUGAGUUUUUCGACCAUGAAGGUCAAGGUCAUCCCUGUGCUUGAGGACAACUACAUGUACCUGGUCAUACAGGAGCACAAGAGGGAAACUGUGGCAGUGAAUGUGGCCUUGGCCAAGAGGUUGCUGGAGAUUGCAGGCUGGGACGGGGUUCUGACUGCUGUGCUGACCACCUACCACCACUGGGACCAUGUGUGUGGAAAUGAGCUGACACAGCUGCAGCCAGGGCUGGCAGUGAUGGGUGCGGAUGAGUGCAUCUCUGUACUGACUUGAAAGCUGGCACAGGGUGAGGAGCUGCGGUUUGGGGCCAUAUAUUUCCAAUGCCCACUGACUCCCGGCCACACCUUUGGUCACAUGAGCUACUUCUUGUGGGAGGAUGAGUGUCUGGACCCACCUGCCCUCUUCUCAGGUACAGCAACCCAUGUUGUCAGUGGCUGGCACCUGGAGGGCAGCACUCAGCAAAUGUUUCAGAGCCUGGCUGAGACCCUGGGUACCCUCCCCCCGCAGAUGAAGGUAUUCUGUGGCCAUGAGCACACACUAAGCAACCUCAAGUUUGCACAUAAAGUAGAACCCUGCAGUGACCACCUAAGAGCCAAGCUGUCCUGGGCCCAGAAAAGGGAUGAGGAUGACAUGACCACUGUAUCCUCAACCUUGGGAGAGGAGUUCCUAUAUAAUCCCUUCCUGAGGGCAGGAUGAGAGCCGGUGCCAGAGUUCACAGGCUGAACAGCCCCUGCUGAGGUCCUGGAGGUCUGUGGGGAGCGAGCAGCCUUCCAGCAUGCUGCUGAGCCCCUGCAACCACAGGCACCGGCUCUCCUUGCACUGCAGUGGGAGCUCCUAGGUGAAACUGGGCAGAAAUGAGCCACAAAGGGAGCCUGCUUGCCUUGUGGCCCUCUGACUGACUGGAUCCACUUGAGGAUGGCUUCUGGAACCCUCCUGAGGUCCUGCCCAGUUGGCCACCCAGUCUUGGAGGAGCAGCAAGUGGUACUCACCACCUGUCAUUUAUAGGGGUAUAGGCAAGAUCUCUGUGGGGCUUCAUGGGGCUGAGAAGGGCCAUCACCCAGGACUUUGAACCCUGAAUAAAGCCCUGAAAGGCC